GUUAUGACAAAUAUGAUUCUAACUUACAUCCUGAUGAACCUAAAACAAGUAUCUCAAAGAAUCAAAUUGAAUUUAAACAAAGGAUUUUAAAAGGACCAUAUCAGCCAGUUUUAAAAAUUUUCCCAAGAACAACAUUUGGCAAUGCUAAUAAACAACGCAGUUUUCAGCAUUCUUGGUAUAAUUUGUUUCCUUGGCUAGAAUAUAGUCCAAAAGCAGACCUAGCAUUUUGCUUUCCGUGUCGAAUGUUUAAUGGUGCCACAGGACUUAACGCUGGACAGAGUGAAAUACUUUAUCAAAUUUUUUUGGAUUCCAAAUCUAUUGAUGUUGUUUUGGAUAAAACAUGUGAACGUAUUAACAGCCAAAAGGAGAUUCAACGACUAAAAAAUCGUGAAAUUGUAAAACGUCUUAUAGAUAUCAUACUUUGUAUAUGUAUCGGUGGUAAACCAUUGCGUGGUCAUACAGAAAAAACAAAUGAUGUUCAUAAAGGUCUUUUUCUUGAUAUUGUUAGUCUUCUAAGAAAAUAUGAUUCAGUAUUUAAUGAACAUUUCAUUUCUGGACCAAAAAAUUGUUUGUACACAACUGAUGAGACAAGUGACAUUGGUCAUCAUGAGCAAUUAUCUAUUGUUUUACGCUACUUUGAUGAAACCAAAAAUUGUCCUAUUGAACAAUUUUUAUGUUUAAAACGAAUGACAUCGGUUGAUGCUCAAAGUAUUUUUGAUAAAAUGAGUGAUGUCGUUCAAGAAUAUGGAAUUAAAUGGGAAAAUGUGGUGUCAAUUUGUUUUGAUGGAGCAUCAACGAUGUCUGGAAGCAGCUGUACUCGGCAUGCAGUAUUGGAACAAAUUGCCAACUUAACAAAUACAAAGUUAAAAACUUUAAAAUCAAUUUCUACCACAAGAUGGGCUUGCCGCUCAGAAGCCAUUAGUGCAAUAAAAGAAAAUUAUACCUCAAUAUUAGCUGCAAUUGAAGAAAUUGUUGAUAAUACAAAACAAUCAGAUGUUCGAGCAAAAGGCAAAGGAAUUCUUCAUCAGAUGAAAACGUUUGAAUUUAUCUUUGCCAUGUUGAUGUUAGAUCCUAUUCUAUCUUCAAUAUUAAAAACAAGUGCUUUUUUUACAGUCAUCCGACAUAAACUUAUUAACGGCUUUAGAAAUCAUUGA